CAUUGUGUGUUGCAUAAUUGGGUCAACUGAAGAAAGAAAGAGUUGAAACGGCGAUAGACCUCCUCCAGCACCUUCACCGACUAUAUAAGCCCGAGUCGGUCGGAUCCAAAGUCAUCAGUUGUUCAACUCAUCAACACAAGUCAACAUGAAAUUGUUCGUCAUCGCCGCUCUCUUGGCCGUCGCUGCCGCCGCUCCUUCCGGCUACAAGCCGGAAUACAAAGCUCCCGAGAUCACCAUCGUCAGCCAGUCCGACGUCCGCAACGUCGACGGCAGCGGCCAAUGGAGCUACGCUGGAUCUGACGGCACCACCCGCGAUGAAGCUUACGAGCAGAAGACCUUCAAGGGAGUCACCUACGACUCUUACGGCAAAGAGUCCUACGGUGAUGUCCAGGGAAACACCAACAAGGGAUCUUCCUACUGGGUCUCCCCCGAAGGCCAGCGCCUCACUUUGACCUGGGUCGCCGAUGAUGCCGGAUUCCAGCCCAAGGGUGACCACUUGCCCGUUGCUCCCGUCCACGAAUUCGAACUCCCCGUCGCCCCAGUCCACAUCCCCUUCGACGGCAAGGGCUUCAAGAUCUACUAAAUUCAUCUCUGAUUGAUCUCCAAUCAAUCGCCUCCAUGUUUCUCUCUCCUUUUAUCUUCUUUUUUUAUUUUACCACCUGCAUCGCUCCUGGUUUCUCUUCGAUUCUCUGUCAAUGUGGGAACCAUGAUAUCUUUUGCAGAUAGUAUUUAUUCGUAUCGCAAAUAUAUCUGUUCAAAUUCGA